AUGCCUCAGUUUGGUGCGACCUUUGUGCCCGGCGGCAUCGACGACUACUACCUGCCCGAGGUCGUCGCGCCAUCUCCGCAAAGGGUAACCCCUCAAGUCCCUCAGAACAUGCAAGACGACCUCCAGCGUCUGGAGCUCGAAGCUAGAGAAUCGGAACGACAAAGCGACUCCGGAGCCGAUUUGCACGGCGAUCGCGAGCCCCCACGGCCCCUGCCCGGAGCCGCUGCCGCCCCGACCGCCGAGAGCGACAUCAGGGCAUAUCAAAACAGCGACACGCGGGCCCAGAAGCUCGACAGCAUGGGGUGGGAUGCGCCCUCGUUUUCGCCCUUCCCCAAGGUCGCGGGGGACAAUGUCCCGCCGGCCGACGAUGCCAAGGAAGAGAUUUUGUGGAAUGCGCGCAAGCAUGUGCUUCACUCGCAAAAUGUCACGAUGCAGAUAAGCUGGGCCCGCGAUGUCCUCACCUGGGCAGAGGUCGCCAUGGAAGCGGCCGCCCGCGAUCCUCCCGAGAAGGCCCGGUCAUCGACCCCGCGAAUCGAGCACGAGCUCCGCAUGGACGCCGUCAACAUCAUCAGCUAUCUAGCACGCCAGGAGCACCCAGACGCCCUCUACAUCCGGUCCAAGUGGCUCGAAUUCGGCAAGUUUGGCCACCGCAUCGACAAACGCGAAGCCUACAGUGGCUACAAGCGGGCCGCGGAGCUGGGCAACGCACGCUCCGAGUACCGCAUGGGCAUGCUCUUUGAGCAAUCAAACGACAUGUCCAAGGCCAAGGAGCACUACUACCGGGGCAUGAGCCUCAAGGACUCUGCGGCCAUGUACCGCAUGGGCAUGAUGAGUUUGCUCGGUCAGCAUGGCGAGACCAAGGACUACCCUCGGGGCCUGGAACGCAUCCAGCAGGCCGCCGACUCUUCCGAUGAGGACGCGCCGCAGGGGUCGUACGUAUAUGGCAUGCUGGUCGGCCGCGACCUCCCCGACAUUGCCGUGCCCGAUGGACUGCUCCCGUACAACCUGGAAACCGCCAAGAUGUACAUUGAAAAGGCGGCAUACUUGGGCUUCGCCAAGGCCCAGCUGAAAAUGGGCCAGGCAUAUGAGCUCUGCCAACUUGGCUGCGAGUUCAACCCGUCCUAUUCCCUCCACUACUACGGGCUGGCAGCCAAGCAAGGACUCCCGGAGGCGGCUCUCGGAGUCAGCCGCUGGUUCCUGUUUGGGUACGAGGGCGUCUUCAAGAAGAACGAGGAGCUAGCUUUCUCGUAUGCCCAGGAAGCCGCUGCGGCCAAGCUCCCGACUGGCGAGUUCGCCAUGGGCUACUAUUACGAGAUCGGAAUCCAUGUCAACAAGAGCGUCUCGGAGGCGCGCCGGUGGUAUCAGCUUGCCGCUGAUCACGGCAACAAGGACGCCGUCGGUCGCCUUGACUCGCUCAGCCAGGACAAGAGUCUCUCCAAGCAGGAUCACGAGACAACGACGCUUACUCGCAUCAAGUCUCAGCAUGGAUCCCAGCGGGGCAGGCGUCCGGAGCGGUUCAAGCAGCCGCAGCAGAUGCCCACCUUGGACGAGGGCAGCGGAACUCCCACCGCCGCCGAAGGACCUGGAUAUCCACCGAUGACCGCGGUGAAUCCAUCCUCGACAGGGCCGUCCCCUCAACCCUCGCCAGGUAUCAAGCCGACGAUUGUAUCGGAGCAUGCGACAUUCCCGGACCCGUCGCGUGCCUCGGUGGUUGGCUCGGAGCGACAGCCAGCCUUCAACAUCAGGCUGGACUCGGCCGCGCCGCAGCCGGUGCGGCCUCAUUCGACUGCGCCGUAUCCCGAUGAUGAACGGCCUGCACCGCUUAAUGUGAUGCGGUCUCGGUCCACAGCUCCGUAUCCGGAGGACGAUGUGCGCGGCUAUCCGAAUUCCCAUUACAACCCAGCUAUAAACCCUUCUCAGGGACCGCCGGCCGAUCGACCGAUGAGCGCAUUCGGUGUCAACACGCAAGCAGCAGGGCCUCGGCCGAUGCCAGGAUCUCAAAGUACGGGAAGUCUCCAGCCGCUGGCGCAGCCGCCGUCGUCGCGAGGCCGCUUCGCAUCGGCUGGCUACGAUGCGCCAGGCGGGCCCGGAGCCUAUCGCCAGCCGAGCCCCGGCCCCAACCCGAGCGGUCGGCCAUAUCCUACGCCUGAGGAUCUCCAGGGCCGGCCGGCGAGCGCGGCGCCUUAUCCAGGCGGCGGCCCUGGCGGCAACAGACUUCAGAAGCAGCCGCCGAGGCAGCCCUACGGCGGUGGCCAGGCCCCCUAUCCGCCGGCGGCGGCAGAACCCGGACGCGACUACGGCCCUCGGACGUCGUCUCGACCCAUAUCUGAGGCGCCACCGCCGCACCACGACCCUCGUAUCCCGCCUCAAGGCCACGAGCGCUUCUCCAGAGUUCCCGGUGCCACUGGUCGACCUGAGCGACUGAGCUCCCUCCCUCAGGAUGGCCAACGGCCACCAAGAGUGCCGACAGGGCUCGGUCAAGGAGGGUCCAAUUCUCCCCGGCCGGGUGCGGGCCGGGUUGGAAGCGCUCCGCCAGGACCUGGUCAGGGCCUACCCAGCCCAGGUCUCCAUCCAUCGGCAACAGCACCGGCGAAGCCGCCGCCGGCCAAGGGCCCGGCAACAUUCGAGGACAUGGGCAUCCCGCAAGGGAAGCAGGAGGGCGACUGCGUUGUCAUGUAA